AUGAACAUUGACCAGCCACUCGAAGACGUUAUUAAGGCUAAGCGUCAAGAACGCAAAAGCCAUCGCAAAACCACUCAGCGCAAGCGUCUCAGCGGCGCUAAACAGGGUGAAUCGAAGCGUAUGGCUCAAGGCGCUAAGCCUGUUGCUGAUCGUGUCAUUCCAAGGACCAAGGAUGGUGCUGCACUCAAUGAGGAGGCUAAGAAGAUCAUCAUCUCCAACCUCCCACCAGACGUUAAUGACCACGCGCUUAAGGAAUUGAUGACUGAAACUGUGGGACCAGUAGCUGAGUGCAGCAUCAGCUACGACCAAAGAGGAACCUCGAAGGGCUUUGGUCAAGUUAGAUUUAAGAGAAAAGGUGAUGGCAACAAGGCUUUUAAGGAGUUUAAUGGUCGCGUCAUUGACAACAACUCGCUGACGCUUAGACUGGUUGGAGCGACGCGACGCGACUCAGAGUGA